UGCAGAGAAAUUUAUUAAAAUAUGUAUAAAAAAAUUUGGCUUUUAAAGACUUCGGACUCUUCAGAUUUUCCAUAGAAAUUGCAUUUUUUGGGCAUAAGAGAGUUAUUGAUCAUAUUCAAUGACACUGACUUAUAUAUCCUCUACGAGAGAUUUUGUUUAAAAUCUUGUUUUAAACCGCUUAUUAAUGGGAAAUGCAUGAGGAUACGAUUUCAAGACCUAUGAAUUUUACACGCAUUGGCAUAUGUAAAUCCAUACAUACGCAUUUGAAACAUCUUUUGAAAAGUUUAGUCAUUUAAAGUUAUUGUGAAUGGACCUAAUAUAAAUUCAAAACACAUCUCACCGAAAAGCUGGUUGCAGUGGUUUUAUUUCAGCUAAAUGCUAUUAACAAAUAUUUUGUUGGCAGCUAUAUGGCUCCAUUCCCUGCUGGUUGCUGGAGAUAAGGAAUCGUUGGCAGACUUCAGAAAUGAGGCGAACAAAUCAUUACUAACGGCUGGUGUUUAUGCGAAAUUGUUAACCGAACGCCGAGCGGAGCAUCAAAUAAUAAUAAAGAAAAUGUUGAGCUCAAAUAAUUACGAAAAGAACUUCAAACUAUUGCGAUUAGCUUAUGGGAAAAUUUUUGAAAUAAUAAAUGACAAAAAUAUUACCCUAACAUCUCGUAAAUAUAAUCCUUUACGAGAUGGAUUUCCUGAAAACGCUGAACUACAGGACGCAGUCACGCUUAUCACAGAAAACUGCUGUAUGGCUGCUGAAAGCCUGCUACAUUUUCCAGAGAUAAGUUAUCGUAUAUUUGGGAAACAAGAUACGAAAUGGAAUGAAAUUUUAACGUGGUGCAACGAGUUCGUUAAUUCCCUUCCACAUAUCAUUGAUGAAUCUACGGUCAAAUUAAUGAGUCUUUUAAUUCAAGAAAUCAACGAAGAACAACGCAUGCCCGACUACCUGAAUCCGUAUUAUAAGGAAAGCAGAACUCAGGUUAAUAAGAAGAAACGUAAAAACAAAAAACAGAAUAGGGGUCCAUCUUUGAGUAGAGCGAAAACAGAGCUAUGAUAAUUUCAUAUUUUUCAAGAUUAUAUAUUUAUGUAUAAAUCCUAAACUUAAAAAUACAUCUGUAUAUA